GCUUGCUUUGUGUGUGUGGCCGCGUCUCGCGAUGUUUGGAUAAUGGCGCUGACGACCUGACACCAAGCCGCUAGAGUCGAGGGCAAAAAUGACAUUUUGUCAGUAUUAAAUUCCCGUUUUUCACGUUUAAAAUGUUUUAUUCAAAGUAAAUAUCGCAUUAGGCUCAUAAUAGUUGUACUUAAGGGGCGGUUGUUCGAAUGUGAAACUGCCAACCCCUCCCUCAAAAUGUCCUAUUUUUUCUUGCCGUGGUAAAAGUUUUCAGUCGACAUCAUUUGUGAUGACUCCGAUAAGCCUUCUCCUCAUCCUAUUGUGCAUUGACAGUCGACACAUCUCACCUGACCUGCGAGGACGUGUUGACUUGUGUGCACCUUCCACACACUGGAGGCUGCACUGCAACAAUGCCGGAGUCCUCCUCGGACUUUGCUUCCUGGGAAGUUAAGGACGUUCAGAGCAUCUCAGUGGAAUGUGGAAGGCCCCGCAUGACGGGCCCCUUGGAGCCAUCAUUGCUGCAGAAGAAGUCGUCCUGCAGCCUCUCCGACUUCUGCACCGAGAACAACGUGCAAGAAUGUGUGUCGCACAUCAAUCAGGAGGUGUCAUCGCUCGGCCUUCCCCCGGUCUGGGCGACGUCAGGGCAGGACUCGGACAUGAACGUUGUGUCGGUGCUCAACUGCAUGUAUGAGCUGGUGCAGCUGCACCGCCGGGGCCUCCAAACCCUGGAGAACAUGGAGGUGGAGCAGCUGAAGUCCAGCAACAAUGUGGACUCUUUGCAGCUCACCUGCACGCGACUUAAGGAGCAGCUGGAAGUUUCCAAAAGAGAGAACAUAGGACUUCAUGAGCGGGAACGCCAACUGCAGCUGAAAAUGAAGAGCUUGCAGAACUGCCUGAAAAAUGAAAAAGAAGAGAUCCACAAACUGCAGAACAUGGUCUCCAGCCGGGCCAGCCAGUAUAAUCACGAGAUGAAGAGGAAAGAGCGCGAGUUCAACAAACUGAAAGAGAGACUGAACCAGCUUCUGGCCGACAAGAAGGAGAAGAAAAUAGCCAUUGAUGUAUCCAACAAACUGGGAAGAGUUGACGGCAAGAGAAGCCUCUGGAAGACCGAAAAGACGGAAGCAAAGCAUGAGGGGGACAUGUACAAGACUCUGCUGGGGGACUAUGAGAGUCGGCAGAGGGACCUGCUGCUGGAAAACGCCGAGUUGAGAAAAGUGUUGAAGCACAUGAAAAAAGACAUGGCGCUCAUCCUUGCUUCCAGGAAGUCAUCGGCGAAAGGAGACCGACAUGACGACGGUGCCAUAGAACAGGUGGACUCGGAAGAAGAAGAAUCGUUUGAAUCUAGCAAGGAUACGGUGGAGCUGUUUAGUGGUCACACUCGGGAGAAGCUGACCAGCAGUGUUCGACGCCAGUGGAGACGACUGAAGAGCCACGUCGACAGGCUGGACAGCCGAGGAUCAUGGGCAUCAUCCACGGGCGAGAACGAAAACAGUGCUGCCAUUUCCCGGGACUCGUCAAAGGAAAUGGACAAACUGAAGCAAGAAGUGCAGCAGUGCAAAGACUACAUUCAGACACAGCAGCACCUCCUUCAGCAGCAGCUGAGCUCUCAGUGCGAUGAGGAGACGUCGGUCAUGCUGGGCGACUGCUACAUGUCGCAAGGGAAAGAUCGUCUACGCGAGGAGUGGAAGAGGCUCCAGGAAGAGAGGAAGAUCUUUGAGAGGGAGAGGAGGAACUUCACGGAGGCAGCAAUCAGACUGAGCCAAGAGAGGAAGACCUUUGAGGAAGAUCGUGCUGUGUGGCUCAAACACCAGUUUUUAAACUUCAACCCCUUUGGUCACUCCAAGAAGGCCACCAGGUCAAAGUCACAGUGUUCCUUUCAGAUAUCCGAAACGUCACCUGUAGAGAGCGCCACCAGCUCCCCGAGCGCCGGACGUGCAGCCAGCCUGUCAUCCUCCACCUGCGACCUGCUUCACACGCUCAGCCGCUUCUGUGACAACAGCUCCACCAAACCAAAGAGAAGGACUGAAGACGCCGGAGACGCCAGCUCCUCAUCCGCUGAGCCCAAACGCUGGAUCAGCAGUGACGACCUCAUGUUCCCGCAGGAGGAAAGCGGCUCACUUUGAGCGAGCGACACUUUAGUAUCAUUCAUAUUGUCUUUGUUUUGUUCUAUAAACCUUUUGUAUUUAUUUGGAA